GAGGAGCGUCUUUGUCAUCCAACCGCCACCGCCGCCUUCUCCGCUGGGGGCGGGACCAGCCGGACUCCGAUUCUUCUUUCGCAGGGGCUGCAUUUUCCCAUCGGAGAUCGGGACUUGGUAGUACCCCCAAUUAGGACAGCCUUUGCCAGAAGAGGGAGGAGUCUCUUGGGCCCUGUCGGAGGCUACCUUGAAGCACAGAAAGCAAAGAUGGAACACUCACCUUGCCCAGAAGCAGAAAGAGGUCCAUAUAUCAUUCAUGCUGGGAGCCCUGGGGAAUUCUGGGAAAGAACAGCGCAGAUGUUCCUGGUUAAGAAUGACACCCUCAACUCAGAUGUGCAGCAACAGCAUUUCAGACAGUUCUGCUACCAGGAGGCCAAAGGACCCCGAGAAGUUUGCAGCCAACUCCACAAUCUGUGCUGUCAGUGGCUGAAGCCAGAGCGACACACAAAGAAUGAGAUCCUGGACCUGGUGAUCCUGGAGCAGUUCUUGGCUGUCCUUCCACCAGAGAUGGAGAACUGGGUGAGGGAAUGUGGAGCGGAGACCACUUCCCAGGCGGUGGCCCUGGCAGAAGGUUUCCUCCUGAGCCGGGCAGAGGACAAGAAGCAGGCAGAGAAUCAGAUCAUCGGUCUGUUUGCAGAAGAGGCCACUGAUUUCCUGGAGUCGAAGGCGCCGUCAGGGGCCAGAGAAUGUUCUCUGCAAAGGGGGAACGUUCAGGAGAGUGACAGACAUGCCAGUUCACUUGGUGACGGGACUCUGCUGUCAAGGCCUCCUCGGUCACCUCUUCUUUGUGGUGGAGAAGAAGCAGCUGCUGUGGAAGCGGAUCAGGGUCCGGUGUCCUUUGAGGAGGUGGCUGUAUAUUUCACAGAGGAGGAGUGGGCUCUGUUGGAUGCUGACCAGAGGGCUCUGCACAGGGAAGUCAUGGAGGAGAAUGGUCAGAUUGUCACCUCUUUCAGUUGUAAAAGUAAAACUGAGGAUCAGGGAGAACUACAUGGGGAGUUUCCAGAAAGAGACUCUUGUAUAAAGGGGGAGCAGCAGAGAAUGAAAACUGAAAAUAAACCCACAUCUUCUCAGGGCAGUAUCUACCAUCAAAUUGCAGUUCAAGAAAGAAUAGAAAAUAGAACAGAAGAAAGUACAUGCCAUGUGUGUUGGUUAGGUUUCCAUCCUACAGCAACACUUAAAACUCAAUGGAAAAAGCAAACAGGGGAGAAAUCAUAUGAAUGCUUUGAAUGUGUAAAGAGAUUUCAUCGGCAGAUAAAUGUCACUGUUCAUCAAAGAAUUCAGACAGGGGAGAAACCAUUUAAAUGCUUGGAGUGUGGAAAGAUUGUCUGUCACAAGAAAAAUCUUUCUUCUCAUCAAAGAAUUCAUACAGGGGAGAAACCAUAUAAAUGCUUGGAGUGUGGAAAGACCUUCUCUUGGAAGACAGAUCUCACUACUCACCAAAUAAUUCACACAGGAGAGAAAACAUUUAAAUGCUUGGAAUGUGGAAAGAGCUUCUUUCGGAAGACAAAUCUCACUGUUCAUGAAAGAAUUCACACAGGGGAGAAACCAUUUAAAUGCUUGGAGUGUGGAAAGAGUUUCUGUCACAAGACAAAUCUCACUUCUCAUCAAAGAAUUCAUACAGGGGAGAAACCAUAUAAAUGUUCGGAGUGUGGAAAGACCUUUUCUUGGACAAUGGAUCUCACUCGGCACCAAAUAAUUCACACAGGGGAGAAACCAUUUAAAUGCUUGGAAUGUGGAAAGAGCUUCUGUCGGAAGACAGAUCGCACUGCUCAUCAAAGAAUUCACACAGGGGAGAAACCAUUUAAAUGCUUGGAGUGCGGAAAGAGCUUCUUUCGGAAGACGGAUCUCACUACUCAUCAAAGAAUUCACACAGGGGAGAAACCGCAUAGAUGCUUGGAAUGUGGAAAGAGUUUCUGUCAGAAGGCACAUCUCACUUCUCAUCAAAGAAUUCACACAGGGGAGAAACCAUUUAAAUGCAUGGAGUGUGGAAAGAGCUUCUUUCGGAAGACAGAUCUCACUGCUCAUCAAGGAAUUCACACAGGGGAGAAACGAUUUAAAUGUUCGGAGUGCAGAAAGAGCUUCUUUCGGAAGACAAAUCUAACUGCUCAUCAAAGAGUUCACACAGGGGAGAAACCGUUUAAAUGCUUGGAAUGUGGAAAGAGCUUCUGUCGGAAGGCAGAUCUCACUGCUCAUCAAAGAACUCACACAGGGGAGAAACCAUUUCAAUGCUUGCAGUGCGGAAAGAGCUUCUUUCGGAAGACUAAUCUCACUGCUCAUCAAAGAAUUCACACGGGAGAAAUGCCGGGACGGGACGGCGGGCGACUCAGAAGCUCCUGUCCUGCGAUCCCUCCUGCGGCUGUUUCUGCGGAUCUGCCUAAGAGGAGAAGGCCCCCAAACACCAAUCAGACUAGGGGCCCUCCAGAGCUUAAUCCGGCCCUGCCCUCUGCUAGCAGCGCCGUCCCAUCUUCCUCAGGCGAGGGGGAAACAGGCACCGGGGAGGAGGCGAAGCAUUUCAAUGCGCCUUCCUUUCAGAGAGGAGGAGGCUGCUUGGCCGCGGAAGGGUUAAGGACGCAGAAGAGGAUUCCUAGAGAGGACGGGAAAUGGGAGCGGGGGUGGGUAGGGAGAGUCUUUGUCCACCUAGCCGCUGCAAGCAUGAAAGUUGCUUCUGGCGGCCAGACUCUCAUUCUUUCCCAGGGGCUGCAUUUUCCCAUCGGGGAUCGGGACUUGGUAGUACCCUCAAAUUGGACAGUAUUUGGCAGAAGAGGGAGGAGUCUCUUGGACUCUGUCAAAGGCUUUCUUGGAGCACAGAAAUCAAAGAUGGAAGACUCAACUUGCCCAGAAGCAGAAAGAGGUCCAUAUAUCAUCCAUGCUGGGAUCCCUGAGGAAUUCUGGGAAAGGACAGUGCAGAAGUUCUUGGGUAAGGAGGACACCCUUAGCUCAGAUGUGAAGUGCCAGCAUUUCAGGCAGUUCUGCUACCAGGAGGCCAAAGGACCCCGAGAUGUUUGCAACCAACUCCACACUCUCUGCCGUGAGUGGCUGAAGCCAGAGCAACACACGAAGAAAGAGAUCUUGGACCUGGUGAUCCAGGAGCAGUUUUUGGCUGUCCUUCCACCAGAGAUAGAGAGCUGGGUGAGGGAAUGUGGAGCGGAGACCAGUUCCCAGACGGUUGCCCUGGCCGAAGGUUUCCUCCUGAGCUGGGCAGAGGAUGAGAAGCAGGCAGAGCAGCAGAUCAAGGGUCUGUUUGCAGAAGAGGCCACUGGUUUCCUGGAGUCGAAGGCGCCGUCAGGGGCCAGAGAAUGUUCUCUGCAAAGGGGGAACGUUCAGGAGAGUGACAGACACGCUAGUUCACUUGGUGACGGGACUCUGCUGUCAAGGCCUCCUCGGUCACCUCUUCUUUGUGGUGGAGAAGAAGCAGCUGCUGUGGAAGCGGAUCAGGGUCCCGUGUCCUUUGAGGAGGUGGCUGUGUGUUUCACGGAGGAGGAGUGGGCUCUGCUGGAUGCUGACCAGAGGGCGCUGCACAGGGAAGUCAUGGAGGAGAAUGGUCGACUUGUCACCUCUUUCGGUUGUGAAAGCAAAAUCGAGAAUCAGGGAGAACUACGCGGGGAGUUUCCAGAAAGAGACUCAUGUAUAAAGGGGGAGCAGCAGAGAAUGAAAACUGAAACUAAACCCACAUCUUCUCAGAGCAGUAUCUACCAUCAAACUGCAACUCAAGAAAGAAUAGAAAAUAGAACAGAAGAAAGUACAUGCCGUGUGUGUUGGUUAGGUUUCCAUCCCAAAUCAACACUUAAAACUCAAUGGAAAAAGCAAACAGGGGAGAAACCAUUUGAAUGCUUGGAAUGUGUAAAGAGUUCUCAUCGGCAGAUAAAUGUCACUGUUCAUCAAGGAAUUCAGACAGGGGAGAAACCAUUUAAAUGCCUGGAAUGUGAAAAGAGCUUCUUCCAUAAGAGAGGUCUCACUAUGCACCAAAGAAUUCACACAGGGGAGAAACCAUUUAAAUGUUUGGAAUGUGGAAAGAGCUUCACGCAGAAGAUAUGUCUCACUCGGCAUCAAAGAAUUCACACCGGGGAGAAACCAUUUAAAUGCUUGGAGUGUGGAAAGAGCUUCAGGCAUCAGGUAAGUCUCACCUCUCAUGAAAGAAUUCAUACCGGGGAGAAACCAUAUAAAUGCUUGGAGUGUGGAAAGACCUUUUCUUGGACGAUGGAUCUCACUCGGCACCAAAUAAUUCACACAGGGGAGAAACCAUUUAAAUGCUUCGAAUGUGGAAAGAGCUUCUGUUGGAAGACAGAUCGCACUGCUCAUCAAAGAAUUCACACAGGGGAGAAGCCACAUACAUGCUUGGAGUGCGGAAAGAGCUUCUUUCGGAAGACGGAUCUCACUACUCAUCAAAGAAUUCACACAGGGGAGAAGCCACAUACAUGCUUGGAGUGUGGAAAGAGUUUCAGUCAGAAGGCACAUCUCACUUCUCAUCAAAGAAUUCACACAGGGGAGAAACCAUUUAAUUGCUUGGAAUGUGGAAAAAGCUUCUUUCGGAAGACAGAUCUCACUGUUCAUCAAGGAAUUCACACAGGGGAGAAACGAUUUAAAUGCUCGGAGUGCGGAAAGAGCUUCUUUCGGAAGGCACAUCUCACUUCUCAUCAGAGAAUUCACACAGGGGAGAAACCAUUUAAUUGCUUGGAAUGUGGAAAGAGCUUCUUUCGGAAGACAGAUCUCACUGCUCAUCAAGGAAUUCACACAGGGGAGAAACGAUUUAACUGCCCGGAGUGCGGAAAGAGCUUCUUUCGGAAGGCACAUCUCACUUCUCACCAAAGAAUUCACACAGGGGAGAAACCAUUUAAAUGCUUGGAAUGUGGAAAGAGCUUCUGUCGGAAGGCAGAUCUCACUGCUCAUCAAAGAAUUCACACAGGGGAGAAACCAUUUCAAUGCUUGCAGUGCGGAAAGAGCUUCUUUCAGAAGACAAAUCUCACUGCUCAUCAAAGAAUUCACAGGGGAGAAACCAUUUAAAUGCUUGGAGUUUCUGUCAGAAGGCACAUCACACUUCUCAGCAAAGAAUUUGCACAAGGGAGAAACUAUUUAAAUGCUUGGAGUGUGGAAAAUGCUUCUGUUGGAAGACAGAUCUCACUACUCAUCAAAUAGUUCACAUGGGAGAGAAACCAUUUUAAUGCUUGGAGAGUAGAAAGAGCUUCUUUCAGAAGACAGAUCUCACUGCUCAUCAAGGAAUUCAACUGUCAGGGGAAAGUCUGUCAAAUUGUGUCGUUUCUCCUUGCAGUUGCUUGUAAUAAAGGAGUCUCUGACAGACUUUAA